UUUAGUAACAAGAAACAGUAGGCUUUGUGGUGUGUAACAUAUGUAACAGAAAAUGAAGAAAAUGAAACAAGUAUUGAUUCCAACUUGUUUUCAAACAACGCAUUCGAGAAUGUCGAGUCAAACUUUAUACGGAAUACAAACAAUACAAAACGAAAUAUACUGUAACGUUAAUGAGGAUUAUACUGUUGUAAGCUCGGAGCAAAAUGAAGUGCUUCAUCAAAGAUGCUCUUCUAAAUCUUCCGGAACUAGCUCAGUUGACACUUUUACAAUCAGAGCGCGCAUGGAAAAUUUGGAAAUAGCACUGACGAUGCUUAAUGAAAAUUUUCAACGAAUGGAAAAUGCUAUGAACAAACAAAUAGAAAAGGCUAUUAAAAUCAUUAUAGGAACAACGGGAAAAGACGAAAAAGAGGAAACAGUGUUACGAACAAACGAUAAAUAUUUUAUGAAAAGUGAAAACAAAAAGUUAAUGAAAGCAGUUAAAUUUUUGACAGAGAGUUCUAGGAUUAUGAGAACAGCUUUGUCAGAGCAUACGAAAUUCAUAGACCAUAUAACGAGCGUCAUUAACCAACCUACAGAGCCUGUCCAGGUUCCACUCCAACGAAGGGAUGAAAGCCCAGUUGAACGUGUGCUAAACAAAUACAAGAAACAGAGAGACAGAAUACAAAUAAUCCAUCCUAAACCAGUUAAUCCAAUGGAAGUAUCGGACUACCUGAGCGUGGAAGAUACCACUCGAAACGGUACAAUUCAGUCUCCAUGUCAUUUCUGCAAACUGAACAACAAACAACCAGUUUGGAAUAACUCUGUGGGGGAAUCACCACAACAACCCACAUGUUUAUAUGUAAAUUUUAACAAAGAUACGAACGCAAUUUUAAAAUGUAAUUGUAGACUUUGUUCUGUCCCUCCGUCAGUUGACCAAGACGGUGAUUACGUCACUCUUCUUAAAGAUUACAUAUCUAAUGGAAAGUGUAAUGCAGCGUAUGAAUAUUACAAUAAGACGUCACUUCCUGAUUUGACAAUUCAUACAAAUGUAAAUGAAGAUGAACACACGAUGUUUACAGAACGAAAAGGAACAUUAGUGUGAUUAAACAAACAAGCAUGAGAUAAUUAUAAAAGGAAAUAGAAAUUCAUUGAUAUACAAAUCGCUCGAAAUGCAAACAAAAAAAAGAUAUAAGAAUAACAAAAACUCUGUAGGGAUUUUAUCUAUAAAUUACCAAAGAGAGGUUGUAAAAGGUACACCAUGAGCCACCAAUAUUCCAAUCAUGAAAAAAUAACUACUCGGAGGAUUGACGAACAUCGCUAAAAGCAAACAAUGUUUUAAUUAUUUCGAUGAAGCUUCCUCACUCAAAAAUCUUGACAAGCUGACACAAAAUAGUAGACUUCAUUGUUCCAGUCUUUCUUUUCGUUUGUCUUUCGGUGAUUACUGAUAG